GCAGACGACGGUGGCUUCUGGCUCUUCGCCGCUAGUGCCCUUUUCCGUUUUCUCUGAAAAAAAUCGGCUGAACAUAGAAAAAAAAUCUUUGGCUGAGCCCUUUUCUCAUCUUCAUCUAUGGAGGAUAGUAUGGUGAAGGACGAUGAACUACAAGAAGAAAUCUCCGAUAAGUUUCUCUGUUGCGUUUGCCUGGAAAUUCUUUACAAACCAAUUGUGCUAUCUUGUGGUCAUCUAUCAUGUUUCUGGUGUGUCCAUAACUCCAUGAAUGGUCUGCGCAAGUCUCAUUGUCCGAUAUGCCGAGACCCGUAUGUUCACUUCCCGAGUGUCUGCCAAAAGCUUCAUUUCCUGCUAAAAAAGAUAUACCCACUUGCACAUAAGAAGAGAGAAGAACAAGUUCUUAAGGAUGAACAAGAACACGCUUGUUUCUCUCCUCAGAUUGAUGUUGUUUUGGAUGAACAAAAGGCUAAGGGCUCUAAUGAAGAAUCCAAAGAUGCAAAAACUCUUCAUGUUCAUGAGAAUGACUUAUCUAAGGAUAACAAAGUCAGUAAGCAAAUUUCAAAAGAUGAUUUGCUCUGUUCAGCAUGUAAGGAGCUGCUCGUGCGACCCGUAGUACUCAAUUGUGGACAUGUGUAUUGCGAAGGAUGUGUAGUAGAUAUGGCUGAAGAAAGCGAAAUGAUUAAAUGUCAAGACUGUCAUGUUUGUGACCCAAGAGGAUUUCCAAAAGUCUGUUUGGUUCUUGAGCAGCUUUUGGAGGAAAAUUUCCCUGAAGAAUACAAUUCAAGGAGAAGUGGAAUUCAGAAAACGCUUGCCCACAAUGGCAAAGGCAAUAUUCAAAGCUGUCACAAAGAUGGCACUUCCUUAUCAGACAGUGAUGACGAUGAUAUUCCCUGGUGGGCAAACUCUGCAUCUACUGUUCACGUUUACGUGGGUUGUGAUUCUUGCGGAGUGUAUCCAAUCAUAGGGGAUAGAUACAGAUGCAAAGACUGCAAGGAGGAAAUGGGUUAUGACCUUUGCAAAGAAUGUUACGAGACUCCUUCAAAAGUUGCAGGGAGAUUCAACCAGCAACACACUCCAGAACACAGGCUUGAGCGCGUGGAGGUUCCUCAGUUUCAGAACAAUGACAAAAAUAUCGGUAUCCUUGACGAACCUAUGGUUAUCUCUGAAGAUGAUGAAGGCAUGAGUACAGAAGAAGAUGAUGAUGAGAGCGAGGAAGGUCCUCAUAAUUCUAAUGAGUCAUCAUCAUCAAGCAUAGAAUGAAAUAGCAGUCGAGAGUGUAUUGGAAUCUUAUAGAGAGAGAGAGAGAGACAUGGUGUGUAGUUGUUGGUAGCGAAUAUGGUUUGCAUUUGUGGUCGUAUUAAAAAUAACUCUAGAGGAGUCCUUUUUCCGAAUACUUAGGGGGUGUAUUGAAUUUAACAUUUACAAUGAUUUCAGUUUAAUAAGAUUUUGAUGAU